AUACAGAACUGGAAGGCCUAGAAGAUGUCGGAUAGUCCAGAUUUCUGCUUCUAGACAAGAUUAUAAAUAAAGAUUUAAGCAGAAAGUUGGUGUUAACCAAAGAGAUCAUCUAGAAAGAGGUUCCACAGUGUCUCUUCCAAUUUUUUACUCAGUAGGCAUUUGUGUGACUUGCUUUGUAGCAGCCACACUGCUGGGCACUCGGAUGGUUACAGAAACGAAUGGGAGGAGGCUCCUGCCUUCUACGGACCUUUUUCACAACCUAAGACCAAAAAAAAAAAAAAAAAAAAAACCUGUGUUAAGUUGAUUCCGACUCAUAGUGACCCUAUAGGACAGAGUAGAGCUGCCCCACGGGGCUUCCAAGGAGCGCCUGGUGGAUUUGAACUGCCAACCUUUUGAUUAGCAGCCGAGUUCUUAACCUCCUCACCACCAGGGUGUCAGAACCUAGUACACAGUUAAAUUCUUCCUUAUUAGCCUUUUUUUUUCUCGAUUAAAUUGUUUUAAAAUCCAUUGAAUAUUCAUUGUCUCCUAAAGAACGUUUCCUAAAGUCUAUUUAAGUCCUUAAUUUUAAUCAUCUUCAAAUCCGAGUGUCUACUUAAUCUUUUCUAAGUGACUGAGAAUCCUUCUUUGACAUCAUAGCUGUCUCUUAGCAACCUGACCCAAGCAAACAAUGAGAUCCUCUGUUCUAUGGAGUAAAGGGAGUAGGUAUAGAGUCAGAGAGAAUUAGGUGUCCUCUCACCCAGAAAAUAUCUUCAGUACCCGUGAGAAGGAAGAGUACCUAAAAAGGGGAGAGGAGCUACAUAUAUAUAACAUUUAUUUUGCUGAUAACACAUUCUAAUUCUAAAAGGGCAUCUUGGCCCUUCAUGAAUUUUUAUUUCUGUUUAAAAUUCCUUACACGUGACAGUGUUUCACACUUUACACAAUAUUUUCAUGUACAGUGUAUCAUUUGAUGCUCAAAGUGACCUUCCUGCAGUAGGCAAGGAAGUCUUAAUUUACAGAGGAGGAAAUAGAAAUGCGGGAGGAUCAGGCACUUGCCUCCCGGUACAGUGCUCUUAAUCCUUACUACAGAAGGUUUAGGAGCUUUUAAAGUUGUUAAUAACUUAAUUCAAAUUAAUCCUCUUUUUUAGACUUCAAUAUUUGAUUUCUCGUUUGGUCAGAUUUAACUGAACUUUUGAAACCCUUAAUUUAGAUCCCACAGUUUAGAGGGGAGGGGAAGCGGUCAAGAACAGUAUAGCUUUACUGUGCAUUUGAGGUAAUUUGGAAGUUCAUUUUAGCUUCUGAAGUCUUCAUCUUUGUCUUCCUAAGAGGUGGAUUUAAAUUUGCUAAAGGAUGUGAAAAGGAGGAAGACUGGCGAGGUAGUGAUUAAGAAGCAUAGACAAUAAAACAACAACAUUGUGAUUUUUUUUUUCCUGUCUUACGGCUUAACCUGUUAAAAAGGACUGGAUUUUUGUUUAUUACAGUAUACUGUUUGACAAUGCAUGCAUCAUACUUUUUGACUUUGAAGGAUAUCUCAUGUUGAAGAAGUUAAGUUAUAAUAUUGAAGAAGAUUCAACUGGAAUACCUUGGGGUGUUGGCUGAGGUGAAAUUCCUACUGAGACAUGAAGCGUUUGGCCACUGGUAUCAUCCUUGUGAGCCUGUUGUUGGCCUUCUAUAUGCCUUUUGUGGUGACUUUACCUAAAACACUGGCCAUCCCCAAGAAGCUGCAAGAAGCUGUAGGGAAAGUCGUUGUCAAUGCCACCACCUGUACUGUCACCUGUGGCCUUGGCUAUAAGGAGGAGACCGUCUGUGAGGUGGGCCCUGAUGGAGUGAGAAGGAAGUGUAAGUUUCAGCGCUUGGAAUGUCUGAUGAGCUGGAUCUGUGGGAUGCUCCAUUUCACCGUUCCCAUGGGGAAGGAGUUUGAGCUGAGUUGUCUGAGUUCAGACCUCCUGGAUGUUGGGCAGGAAGCUUUCCGCUUUACCUGGAGGCUUGCUCGAGGUAUCAUCUCAACUGACGAUGAGCUCUUCAAACCCUUCCGAGCCAAUUCCCACUUUGUGAAGUUUGAACCUGCUUGGGAGUUUGACUCUGGGACCUACCGGUGUGACGUGCAGCUGCUAAAAAACUUGAAACUUGUCAAAAGGCUCUAUUACGGGCUGAGGGUCCUCCCUCCCCACUUGGUAAACCUGAAUUUCGAUCAGUCCCUGACUGAGGAUCAGAAGUUAGUAGAUGAGGGCCUGGAAGUGAAUCUGGACAACCAUUCCAGGCCUCCCCAUCCAACGUGGAAAAAGGAUGUGGCAUCUGCCUUGAGAGUAGGCGUCGCCAGUGGUGUGGCCGGUGGUGCGUUGCUGAGCUUAGCGCUCUGCAGGGGCCUGAGGGUGCUCUACAGCGACAACAGCCUUCACAGCAGAAACGCUUUGCGUCUGAAGGACUGGCUGUUCAGGAAGCCGAGCUAGCAUUCUAGAGAGUGUUCUGGCUGCCAGAUUGUGGAUGGGCCGUGAGGGAGGAGUCCCACUGUUAAAAGAGUGUAUGUGGGGGGGUCUGGGGGGCGGGACAUGGAGAGGGGUAACAUCAUGGUAGCUGCGGGCAGUAAUCUCUAAUAUAUUUGUGUACCAGAUGGAUCUCUUCCUGAUCUCCCCUGCUCCCUAGGUGCCUAGGAAACUGACGGCAGGCAUCUCACCUGUUCCUGGAAGGAGUUCUGUCUUCCAAGCUGGCAUUCAUUUUCCACCUUUUACAACUUGUCGGCCUCGCCAUCUCCACAAUAUGUUCACGUAGAAGGAUGUAUUAAUAGCUUUUCUAGUGAAAACAUUUUUUUUCCUCGUCAAUAAAAAUACUUGAUUCACAGUAGCUGUAUGAUGACCUAACCUUUUCUUUUCUGCUCUUUAGUUAAAAAUUCCUUGUGUCUGUUUAAAUUUUCCCAUGAUUGGUCUGGCUGUCAUUUCCCUCAAGUUUCUUAGAAUAAACAUUGAACAAAUUAUCUGCUUUGUAGGGGGCCACAUACCCUUGUGUGGUAGAGCUGAGGUUGUUAUAAUGCCAUUAUGUAUGUAAUAGACUAGGGUAUGUAAUAGACAUGCAGUCACUCAGUGUUAAUAAAUUACAGGCCCUGCCCCAGGUGAACCCUCUCUGUUCAGAGUUAAAUUGAAUUUCCUGGCAAAACACUGGAUUCUUGUCUGGUAGGUGUCUCCUGAUGAUUCACACAGCUCCUUGGCUUGCUCCUAGUUCUCUCCCUUCAGCUUUCUCAGUGUCCUGAAGCUUGCGUUCCUGGGAAAGUUCAAGUGGAUUGGUUUCUUCUGGCAGCCAGGGCCCCCUAAGGGAGGAGUAGUACCCACAUCCCUCCGUAGGAAAUCCAAUCUUAAGACCUAAGGGCCAUUCAGACUCUGAGAUAACUGGCUUGUGGAACCAUUGGUGAACAGGCCCGACCACCAGCUGAGCUAAUUUUACUGAGAGAAUUAUAGCAUUUCUUCUCAUCACUUGUCUCUAGUUCGCAGAAGGAGAUAGCAGAAACCAGAGACUCAGACGGUGGUUCUUUCUCUAGCUGUACGUUAGAAUUGCCUGGAUGAGCUUUUGAAAAAUUAAGAUUCCUGAGCCCCAGCUCUGAAGAUGUUAGUUCAAUUUAAAGUAUGGCCAAAGAAUCUGUAUUAGUUUCUCUACUUUUUUUAGUUAAAAUUCAAACCCAUAGGAAAGUUGGAAGAAAUAUUUGAUGACAUCUAUUGACCCUUGACCGAGACUCACCAGUAGUUCACAUUUUUGCCACAUUUAUCUUUCUUCCUAAAUACCUGUAGAUUUUGCGGAACCAACUGGAAGUUAGGCAUUGUAUCCCUUCACCCCUAACUCAUGCAUGCAUCUCCUAAUAAGGACAUUCUCCCGUGUAACCACCAUGUCAUAUCACACCUAAGAAAAUGAGCAGUAACUCCCUGAUCUGAUGUGUAGUCUACGCUCAGAUUUCCCCAGUUUCUAAAACCUUACAGCUUUUUUUUAUUGUAUGUUAUUUUUUGAUCCAGGAUCAAAUGAAGGUUCACAUGUUACAUUUGGUUAUUUCUCUUUAGUCUCCUAUUUUAUUACAGGUCCUUUGCAUUUGGUUUUUCAUGACAUUGAUUUUAUUGAAGACUCUAGCUAGGCCAUUUGUCUGUUGUUCUACAAUCUGGAUUUGUCAUUUCCUCACUAGUGGAUUCAGCUUAGACAUUUUGACAGGAGCCCUACAUAGAUGAUAGUACCUACGACGCUACAUCAGCAGGUACAUAACGUCAGGCUGAUCCACUGUUGGUGAUGAUAGAGUGUUCAUUUGCUUAUGGUAGUGACGGUCAGCCCUCUUCUAAGGCGUAUUUUUUUCCCUUUGUAAUUAAUAAUCUGGGCAAUGAUACUUGGGAGGUUGAUUAUCUGGCUCCCCGACAAGCAUUCCCACCAAGGUUUUGGUUUCCAUUGGUGAUCCCUCCCUUAUGUUGGGUGUUGCAAAAUGGUGAAUCUUCUAAGUCCAUCAUUCCUUCUGUUCCUUCGAUUAGUCUGCAUUUUUCUGUAAAGAAGAGCUUACCCUUUUUACCCUCUUGUUAUUUCUGGGGUGUCAAUGCAUUCUCUUUUUUAUUCAGUGAAUUAUAUAAUCCAUUACUGAUGUCAUUUUUUUGGUGCUCAAAUUGUCCUAAGUUUUGGCCAGGAGGAGCCCCUUUUGUCCUUUUCAUGCAGCCCCAUUUGACUUUGAGCAAAUGUGGUCUCCUGGAGGAAGAGCAGAUUCAGGUUUGGGGUAAGGAAAGUCCAAAUGUGGACCUGGGACAUCUUGUACUAGAAAGAACGAAAUGCUCAAAGUCUCACUGGACUGAGAUGGUUCAGUAAUAACAUUCCCUAACUCAUGUCCAGCACUUCAGUUUACAAAGCACUAUACCCCAAAGGACCUCAUUUGAUCCUUACAACCAAAGAUGAGAUCUAUGAAGGGUCAGACAGCUUGUGCCAUCACAUAGGGGAUAGGAGACCAGGACUAGAACUGAGAUCUGAAGUCAUGAGUUCUAAGCGUCUUCGUUUUUAGAAGUUUUAUAGGUGAUUCUGAUAGAUAGCCAAGAUUGAGAACCACUGACCUAGGCCCACGCAUAGGGAGUCUACCUUACUGUUGCUCAUAGUUUAAGAAGAUCUUAAAUUUUCCACAUGCCCUGUCCCACGUACUGUCUGUCUCUGAAAGGAUGGACUUCAGACCUCAGUUCUGGUCUUAAUCCAGUAGGACAAUGUGCCAAAGCAAUUAGGAAAUAGCUUGCUGUAUUUUGAAGAAGACGGUAGAAUUAUAGCAUCUCUCUCUGUACUUAAUGAACUCAAUAUUACACUGCUGAGGAGGGAGGAGGGCUGAGGGGGUAGUGUUUCCCAUUUUAGGGAUGGAGAGACUGAGGCCCAAGAAGAGCUAAAUAACAUCUCCAGCAUUCUGUUGCAAGCCAGUGGUCAAGCAUGGGCUGGACUUUUAAACAGCUCUAGGUUUAUAGCCCUCUGUUCACUGGGCACUUGAAUUUUGACUCUAAGCAUACGGAGGGGUUGAGUAGGGAGGAGAACAAAGGACCUCCCUAUGAGUGGGAAUCAGAUGUGUUAGUGAAGACCAAAACCCAGUUCCAUUCAUUGAGUUCUGUACGUGUAAUCUGCCUCUGGAGGGUCGAGGGGAUGAUGAAUGUCCUAAGAUGUGGGCUCUAGGGUGGCCAGUGCCUGAGCAGCCCUUUUGGGCGCAGAGCGGAGCUGACCCAAUUGCAGUAUCUGCCAGUGUCUCUACUGGUCCCUUCUGUGGGCUCGCUGUCAGCCUGGGCUUCUCAUGCUGCAUGGGUCCUGGGCAGAUGGCCAAGCACCGAGUAGUGGGGCCUCUGCUCACCUUCAUCUCCACCAAAGGCCUCUUCCCGGCAUGGCGUCCUGCCCACGUUGCACUGGACAAGUUGAACAUGUCACAUAUGUAAAUGGAAAUCUGAUAAAUGCUUGUUGAAUGCCUGAGAGAAUGUCGUGGCUGGGAAAUGUGACUUCAGCGAUUCAAACCCUUUUGGCCGGUUUGGGCAAAGGCAGCAGUCAAGUUCUUACAGUUAGGGGCCACUUUACUACAGGGAGAAAACUUGCCUUUGGGACCAUUGAGUCAACACCUCAGAUGUCCUGGAAAUCAGGGAAGCCUGAAGCAGUACUACUGCACACACAGGUUACUGCCAUUGUGUUAGGGAAAGGCAGCCCUGUUUAGAAAAACCAACUCUUGCCUGCCUUAAAAUGUCUGAGCUUAAUUUUUCUUUUGCUCAGGAAUGAAUGAAGCAAUGUGGACUGUAUUUUGUAACUUCCUUAGAGUUGACCGUGUGAGGAGUGAGAUGUGGGAUAAAAACCUGUAGGGCUAGAGGACAGGACAAAAGAGGUGUGCAUUAGCCUGGAGAUAAAAACACCCACAGCUGGUUCCAGCUGCCUCAACAAGUUGAGAAUCCAACUUUAUUUAAGAACUGCCUGCUACCACAGUCAAUAAAUAACUACAUUACAAGAAGUACAGGAGAGACAGUAGGCCAAGGGCAUGGUUCCACGUCAGCAAUAGUGGAGUCCCUAGCACAGCCCCGCUGUGAGCAGCUCUGAGCCGUGCAGGUCUAGGGGGGGUGGGGAAGCUGGAGGAGUCUGAGGCCAAGGCACGGUGUACCCCAUCUAAGGGCACUAAAUCCUUACGCCCCUGUGGCUACCUGGGCUGCUGGCAAAGCUCUCUGGCCCUGUUUUUACCCCUCCCAAAGCCAUAUGACCCUAUAAAUAUAUACAAGUCCACUAGGUGCCCCUCAGCUACCGGGCACCUGUUUCCACCGAGCUCUUUGAAGCCCCUUAGAAAAUGCCUUUUAGUCCAUCUGGCAUACCACCUCAGGAACCUCUUGGCAACCUCCCGCAUGCCCAGGAUGAAGCUUGGGUUAGGGCUGACUCAGAAAUAGGGUACCACAUCUGUGCCAGAGAACACAGGUGAGAGAGUACUGCCAUCCCUCUGACUCGGGCCCAGCUGGCAGUCACAUUUUGGGACCAGGAGGCGAAAAGAGGUUCCUGUAUAGCUGGGGAAGGGACCACAGGAGUAAAGCAUUCUUGGCGAUAUUGGGCUCCUGUAGUCAGGUACACGCUGGAUGGCUCUAGGGACUGAGAAAAGCAGUUGUAAACAGAAUGCCUGGGGUGAGCCCUCCCUCUUAUUGGCUGUGUGACUUCAGUCACUUCCUCAAGGAGCAGGGGCUACAGUAGAUGUGUCCCCAAGACUCUUCCUUGCUAAAGACUUUGAUUCUAAGACUCUCCCUCCAGUCCUGAUUUCACCUAACCUAGACCAUGACCAGCAGCUGUCAAAACUUUCUUCAGUGAUCCCUAAAAAAGAAAGGAGCCCCUUAGUCCUUCCAAGGCCAGUCAUUCCAGGGUCUCACUGCAGAAGUUCUUUCUGAUGUCUAACCCCAGUCUCACCUGUUGUUACUUUACCAAAAAAGAGAAAGAAUUCCCUUCCCCCGCAAACCGAACACAUAGCUGGUUGGACGAUGGAACGAGCCCAAGAGCUCGGCACUGAGGUCUGGAGGGCCAUGAGAAGAGUGGGCUCCCAAUCCGCUCUCACUUCCCGUCUUCAGAGAUGGUCCUCCCACUCCCCGGCACCAUCUCUACCCUUUGAUGCCCUGAAUAACCGUAGAGUCACUUGACCUUCCUGGGUCCUGAGACCUGGAUCCUGAGAGCUGCCCGCCCCUGAUACACAUCUGCACUGUGAGAGCAACAAGGACUAAGUAACCACGGCAAGGGCAAAGGGCCUUGAAGGCAGAGCCUGGUGUGCGCAGACCCUGAAGCGGUGUUUGCAGGCUGUGUCGCUGGUCCUCAAGGCACGUAUUGGUCACUAAGCUGGGUGGUAAAGGACUUGUUUGUGGCUGCUGUCCCUUGCUGACUUUGGGGCUGCCUUUGGGGCUGCCAAGCUGGCAAAACUAGCCUGGUGUGUGUCAGAGGGAAAGCCAGGGUAAGGUUAGUGAUCACAGCUAGAGGGAGCCAAACUUCUACUCCCCUGGCCCAUCCCAGCAGAGAAGAAAACCAGAGGCCUCUGGGGCAGGAAGGGACUCUGAAAAGCCAUCCAGUCUGGUUUUCCCCUUUCAAGCCAGCUCGCGUACAAGCCACCGCGACAAGAGGCUGUUCCGUCCUAAACGCCUACAUAUCCUCAAGCCGCCUAUGGUCGUAUUACUCCUUAGCCAGUCAUCUAAGGGACGUCACGCUGCAGCGUCAUCUGUGUCAGUAUCGUCCUACACCCCCCAAACCACUGCUCCCCGCACAGGGGUUAGCUUUUCCUGGGGCUUGUUUUCCUGGUUAAAACCCUUUCCCAGCAAGUUGCCUUCCUUUCCAUUUGUACUGGACCUCAUUAAACCAAAAAACCAAACUCGCUGCCGUUGAGUGGAUUUGACUCCUAUCGACCGUGUAGACAGAGGAGAGCCGCCCCAUAGGGUCUCCGAGACUGUGACCUUUACGGAAGAUGCCGCAUCUUCCUCCCAUGAAGUGGCUGGUGGGUUCGAACGACCAACCUUUCGGUUAGCAGUCAAGUGCUUGACCACUGUUCCCUGGGCCUCACUAGAACUAAAAUAUUGAGUCAUGAGUAUCUUUUAUAUUUGCUUCAAGCAAGCUGAGGGGCUGCAUCCUCCAGCUACACUGGUUAGGAUCUGUGCCAAUUUACUUUAUCCUUCUGGGCCCAGCACCAAGAUACCUGACCCUUGCCUCCCCACCACAACCCUGAAUGAGGAAAGAACCAGCUUACCCUUGGAAGGACACCUCUUUCUCCCAGCACUCCCUUCCUGAUGGAGAGCUGGGCACAGACCAAAUCACAACCAACAGGGCCUGGAGGGAGGCUGGGCCAUGUUGGGUCCCUGUCAUGGCAGAAGGGUCGCAUAGCUGAGCCCUCCGAGGCUUGCAUGUAGGGGGUGGGCAUGGGAGCAGGAUUUGGCCGUCCUGGCUCCAGGGAGGCAGUCCUGGCCUGGGGUGCUGGGUGGCGGUAGGGAGUAGAGAUAUGAGCAGAUGUUUAAACAAAAAACUGUAGUGGUAAACAUUUAACAUAAACCUGCCCAGCAAAAGAGAGCAGGAGGUGGAAGUUUACAAAACUGUAACAAAAUUGAGCUCUGCCUGUAAAGGACAGCACACAGGCUCAGGGAGUCCCCAAGUGUCUGUGCCCAUGGAUGCCUGCUUUGUGCUGCCGCACAUGAAGGGCCGCCUGUCAGCAGUGGCUUGGGGCAUCCCUGUCCUUGCUUUGGCCUCUUUUCUUGGAGCAAGGGGUGGGGGCUUCAAGCCAGCACUGCGAUUGAGGUCAUAGCACAGCCAGGCUGAGAAGACAGAACAGGCUGGAUGUCUCCCGGAGUCUGCUUGCACCUUGGGCUAGGAACAGCCACUGCUGAGCCCCACGGUCAACAACCUGGACAUCUUGAAGCAGAGUUUUCACACCCUACUGCCCUGACUGCCCUCUUAACCAGUCCAGAGCUGCUCAGCUCUGCCCCCUUGGAGCAGCUUGUGCCCCCUUCCUCUGCACGGUCAGGGAGCCUUGAACCAGAAGGUAGGAGACUCAAGCUCUUAUUCCAGCUCCAUCACUUACAGCCUGUGUGACUUUGGGAAGUCCCUAACCCUCUCUGGACCUUCGUUUCCUCAUCUGUAAAGUGAGGGGCUUGGACAAGUUGAGCUCUAAGGACUCUUGCACUCGGAGGUUUUGUAACUGUAAUAUACUCAGAGUGCAAGAUAGCGUGUCCCAUUUAUUAACCCCUGUCCUUCUGGGGAAACACAAAGGGACCACCCUGUCAAAAGAGCAGUCCCAGGGCACUCCCGGGGAGCAGUCAGAACCACAGCUUGGCUCAGAAGACUUCUGAUUCCAAAACAAAGAACGAAUGCUCCCAUUACUCUCCCAGGCUUGUCAGUGGUGCUGGAGCAGGGUCCUGGGGCCUGAGGGAUGAGGAGGUGACCACAGGCCGGUGGGGGGAGCUGGAGGUGGUCUCCUGUCCCCCCACAUGCUGCCCAAACCCUGGGAGGGCCUGUGAGGAUGGGUCUUGGAGUGGGGAAACCUCCCCAAGACAGCCCUUUUAGUCAUCCAGUCAUGUGUAGUGGCUUCUGUCACUCUGGAGGUGACAGGGUCAGGUUGGCAGUGUUGGCUGAGAGCAACUUCACCUGGAUUGUGACUGUGUCCCAGGCCCAGGCUGAUGCCCUUUCCCAGGAGUAUCAGCCUCUCAGCCCUUUUCAGCUCCUGUCCCCACCCCCCAGCCUGGAGUAUCAUCCCCUGGCUGCAGACAUCAGGGCCCUGGUUCUCAGCUGCCCAGGUGGUACCAGGGGCCUCUGUGGAGUCAUCAAGGACAAUGCCAGGGUCCAGCUGGGCCACCCCACAAGAGGAGAAGGUAGGAGAGCCCUUGGUCCCAGGGUUUGUCUCGUUUCUUCAGUCCACUCAUGUUCCUGUCGGGCCCAGGACUCUUCU